CUUUGUUAGUUCAUAUCCUUGCUACCCUUUGAUGGUUCACUUUCUUACUAUCCUUUGCUAGUUCAUUUCCUUGCUAUUCUUUGCUGGUUCGCUUUCUUGCUAUCCUUUGAUGGUUCGCUUUCUUGCUAUCCUUUGAUGGUCUACUUUCUUGCUAUCCUUUGAUACUUCCUUUCUUAUUAUUCUUUGCUGCUUCACUUUCUUGCUGUGCUUUGAUGGUUCAUUUCCUUGUUAUCCUCUGAUGAUUCAUUUCCUUGUUGUCCUUUGGUGCUUCACUUGUUAUUCUUUGCUAGUUCAUUUCCUUGUUAUCCUUUGAUGGUUACUUUUUGUUAUCCUUUGGUGCUUCACUUUCUUGUUAGCCUUUGAUGGUUCAAUUCCUUAUUACGCUUCCAUACUUUAUCCUUCAAUGCCUCACUUGGUUGCUACGCUUCCAUUUCUUUCUUCCAUGCUUGACUUUCCUGUUAUGCCUUCAUCUCUUUUUCGGUACUCCACUUUUGUUAUCCUUUUCUAUGUUUUCCUGGGCGCAUCUCUUCCGUGUUAUGUUCUAUUACGCUUUCCUUCAUUGCUUCGCUGUCUUGUUAUUUUUUCAUUUGCUUUUCUCGACGCUUCACCUUUUUACUAUGCUAUCCUUUGUUUUCUUCGAUGCUUCACUUCCUUGUUAUGCUUUCUUUCUUGCUGCUUCACUUCCUUGUUAUGCUUUCUUUCUUGCUGCUUCACUUCCUCAUUUGUUUUCCUUGGCUCUUCACUUUUUAAAUAUACUUUCAUGUGCUUCUCUUCGACGCUUCACUUUCGAGUUAUCCUUUCCUUUGUUUCCCUUCGAUGCUUCGCUUUCUUACGUUGUUUUCAUUUGUUUUCUCCCUUUUCUUAUUAUAGCUUCCUUUUCUUAUUAUAACCUCCUUUGUUUCUCUUUGUGUGUGCGUGUAUGUGUGUGUUUUGUUUUACUUAUUAUACUUUCGUUUGUUUCCCUUCUGUGCUUCUCUUUCUUAUUAUGCUUUCAUUGUGUGCUUCCAUUUUUUUUUUUUUUUGUUUUCUUUUUUUUUUUCUUUUCUUUUCUUCAGUGCUUCCUUUCCUUGCCAUAUCUUACAUUUGUUUCCCUUUUGCUUUUCUUUCUUAUCAUAUUUUCAUUUAUAGGCGCCGGCAUUUCUUACAUAUCUUUUUGUUUGUUCUUCCCCUCGCUUUACUUCUUUGCUAUGCUUCCGUUUGUUCUUUCUCGACUUUCCCUCCUCCUUUCUCUCUCCUCUCUCUCUCUUUUUUUUCUCACUUGCUUUCACUUACUCCUCCUAUGUGCUUCUCUUCCUUAGUUUAUUUUCAUUCGCUCUUUCUCAGUGCUCCUUUCUCUUUCUUAUUUCUCUUUCUUUUGUUGGUUACUUGCCGCUUCCCUUCCUUACCUUACUUUCUCUUACAUCGUUUCCUCGUUGCUUACCGCUCUUGGGGGCUAUUUUGCCUUUGGUAUAGUAUGGAGACAAAAAGUAUGUAGGUUAGUAUAAAGUAG